CAUGAACUGACAUAAAUUGACAUAAACCAUUUGACUAAGGGCUCCUUGUGACCUAAACCUGUGUCCCUCACCCAACCACGUUAGAGACGUCAAAACUCCAAGAACAACAGCAAUGGAAGCCAAUCACGAGGAUUCCUGCAAAGCUCUCCCGGAGCUUCUUUCCUCCUUCGUCGACACCUUCGUCGAUUUCUCCGUCAGCGGCGGCUUAUUCCUACCCGCCUCUCCUACUUCUCCGUCUCCACCACCAGCCACAUCCGCAACUCCACAAGAUGGCGCUCUCCCCCCUCCCGAUCCCUUCCGAACUCGUUACCCUACUCCCAGCCGGCUCAUCGCCAUCGGAGAUCUCCACGGAGACCUUGAGAAAUCCAAACAGGCCUUCCGCCUCGCCGGCCUCAUCGACGCGGCCGAUCGCUGGUCCGGCGGCUCCUCCACUGUUGUCCAAGUCGGCGACGUGUUCGAUCGCGGCGGUGACGAGCUGAAGAUUCUCUACAUCUUGGAGAAGCUGAAAAGGGAAGCCGCUAAGAGCGGGGGCAAUCUGAUUACAAUGAACGGGAACCAUGAAAUCAUGAACGUAGAAGGCGAUUUCCGCUUCGCGACUCGAUUAGGGUUCAAGGAGUUCGAGGAUUGGGCGUUUUGGUACCAAAUGGGGAACAAGAUGAAGACUCUCUGCGCUGGCUUGCCAAACCCUAAAGACAUAUUCGAAGGCAUCCCUAGAGCGUUUCACGGCGUAAAAACGGAUGCUUUGAAUGGAAUCAGAGCUCGAAUCGCUGCUCUGAGGCCCGGCGGCCCUGUGUCCACCAAAUUCUUGACGAACAAUCUAACUGUAGUUGUCGCAGGCGAUUCUGUAUUUGUACACGGCGGAUUGUUGCCUCAGCAUGUUGACUACGGCCUGGAGAGGAUGAACAAGGAGGUGAGGGACUGGAUUUCCGGCUCCAUGGGGAGAUCUGCGCCGAGCUACUGCAAAGGAAGGGAUGCUGUAGUUUGGUUGAGGAAAUACUCCGAGGAAGUGGCGUCGAAAUGUGACUGUUCUACGCUCGAGCAUGUUCUCGCGACGAUUCCUGGAGCGAGGAGGAUGAUAAUGGGGCACACGAUUCAGGAAGGCGGGAUCAACGCGAUAUGUGAGAACAGGGCGGUCAGGAUUGAUGUGGGGAUGUCACAUGGUUGCGGAAAUGGCUUGCCGGAGGUUUUGGAGAUCAAUGGGAACUCGCAGGAGGUAGUGAGUAUUGCAGGAUUCACCCAAGUCCGUACGAGGAUACUGUUUCAGGAGUAUAUCGACAUCACAGCAAUCACCCAACACGUCCAUUAGCUAGCCCCAUCAUCACAAAGAUACUAACCACAAAAUGAAACAAGCAACAAACAUUGAAUAAGGAGCUCAUGCAAGAUUAAACUACAAGGCGUUGAUUAUUCAGGACUGUUCAAAGGGGAAUCAGACAAAACGAUAGAUAUAUGGAAUGAAUGACGAGACUACGAAAAGAGAGAAUAUCCAGAAAACUGUUACAGCAGCUAGUAACUGACGGCUUAGCCUGAGCAGACCAAAGAAUCAAAGCCUAGGUUUAACCUGAUAGAAGACCACACUUCCCUAAACCGUAGAAGAAACAACAACGCUAAAACCACCUUC